AUGCCUACGAACAGAGUAGAAAACAUCCAGGUCAUGCCCAGACGACAAAGUGGAGUGACUAUACAAAGCUCUGAUUCGCUGUUCUCAGAAAAACAACGAUUCGACGAGGUGCUUCGCAAUUCGGGUUCAUCUCGGGUGUUUCAAAUGGUUAAAAUGAUGGCUAUCAUACUGGUGCCGAUUAUCACGCUGAUCGUGCAGUCAGGCUUGUCAGGAAAGGAAACCUUGGAGGACAGAGAUGCGGCUGCCUUGUUGUACAAAUCUGUUGAUAUUGACUUAAUCAUUAGUGCAGCAGUCAUUAACCUGCAGAAGGAACGAGGGAUCACCGCAAUGUACUUGAGUUCAAAUAGAAGUAAUUUAAACGCACGUGAUAGCCUUCUCUCCUUGUAUCCUGAUACCGAUGCCAAAUUGUUGGCUAUGUUCACCUUGGAGUCGGGAAGCAUGUGUGAUGUCAUUACCGCAGUCACAGGCUGUCGGGAGUUAAGCGACUUUAUCAACGAACAUAGACUAAAAGUGCUUCAAUCAUCAGUGCAUCUUUCUAUCGAAGACAAUAUUAUAUUUUAUACGAGCAUUAACGAAGCUUUAAUGCAAAAAAACACAAACACGUUGCUUAAAGCCAAAGUCGAUUGGCUUUGGUCGUACUUGGUUGCCAAAUCGUCUUUAUUAAGUGCAACAGACGUGAUCGGUAUCGAGAGAGCACUGGGAGCAACAUAUUAUGCAAGUUGUUCGCCACUAUCAACGUCCUCGUUGCGUUGGAUGAUGCAAGUACACUCCCAGGGACUGGCGCUAAUGAGGGAAGCCUUCAGGUAUUCGCCUACAUUGGCGGACACGUUCUAUACACGCGUGGAAGAGCACUAUCCUCUGAACGUGUCACUGUCCAUGAUGACAAGCGAGGUUUUUCAAAAUAGUGACCCUUGUCAGGAAUACGGCGCUGUCAUGUCUGCGACAAUGGCGGACUAUUGGUUUGGUAAUAUGACAGAAUACAUUGAUAUAUUGGCAGGAGUGAGAGUACAGAUAUCCGCUAACAUCAUCAGGGAAGCGGAAUUCAUCAUCGAAAGCGCCAGGACAAAACUGAUUACGCACAUUACUCUGAUGGUCUGCAUCACAAUACUUUGCAUUUCCUUGGGUUUUUGGUACGCAUAUAGUAUAUAUCGGCUUCUUUCCUCACUAACAAUGUACGGUAGUAAGAUAACUAGCCAAACUCGACAACUAUCCAUGGAGAAAAAGAAGACAGACAGGUUGCUUUAUCAGAUGUUACCGAGGUCAGUGGCAGAUCAACUUAAAUCUAACAAAUCAGUCAACGCAGAGUACUACCAGGACGUUACCAUAUAUUUUAGUGAUAUCGUUGGAUUUACAGCAAUAGCCGCAGAGAGCACACCGAUGGAUGUAGUCCAACUUCUAAACGCUUUGUAUAGGUAA